GAAUGUCAGUCAGCGGCUCUGUCAGUGCUGCCGUUCUUUUUCAGGCCUAAACAACGUGUUGUUUACGUGUGCUUUCACAAUCUAUUGCCGAAUCAAACAGAUUUGUAGAAAACCAGCAACAAAUUUCAAUAUUCAACAUGCAGCUUGAAUUGACGGAGCAAAUUUUAAAGUACGUCGAUGAAAAUGGCAAAGUCGAUACGUUGGAUUUGGUUCCGGUAUUUGGUGUUGAUCAUCAAAAAAUCGUCGGCGCUUUAAAAAGUAUUGAAGCCAAUGGUGAACUAUUGAAAACCGAACAAGUAUUACACAAAAAUUGGGGAUUGAGCGAUGAAGGUAAAGAAGUGCUUGCAAAGGGAAGCCAUGAAGCGGUUGUUUUCAACGCAGUUCCAAGCGAAGGAAUCGCCCAAUCCGAUUUAAUGAAGGUGUCACCAAAUGCAAAGGUUGGAUUUAGUAAAGCCAUGGCUCAAGGCUGGAUUUCGGUUGAUAAGUCGAUCGGCAAACCGGUUGUGAAGCGAAAAGUUGAAUCUAUCACGGACACGGUACAAGAGCAUCUCCAACAGGUGGACGCAGGUCAAGCAUCAGCACUUAAUGAUACAGCCCGUGCUGACUAUCGUAAAAGAAAACUGUUGCAAGAGAUCGUUGUGAAGAGUUUCAUCAUUUCAAAAGGAGCCGAGUUUGCAACAUCGUUGCAAAAACUGGAGGCCGACUUGACAACGGAUAUGCUUGCUUCAGGCUUAUGGAAUACGUUGAAAUUUAAGCCAUAUAAUUUGGAUGCGUUAGGCACAGUUCCAGAUGCUGGUUAUUUGCAUCCAUUACUCAAAGUUCGCACUGAAUUCCGCAACAUUUUCCUGGAGAUGGGCUUCGCUGAAAUGCCUACAAACAAUUUCGUUGAGUCAUCAUUCUGGAAUUUCGAUGCACUUUUCCAGCCGCAACAACAUCCAGCUCGAGAUGCACACGAUACAUUUUUUUUGACAACACCAAGCAAAAGCCACAAGUUUCCCGAAAAUUAUUUGAAUCGUGUAAAGGAAGUUCAUUCAAAUGGCGGUUACGGAUCUCAAGGAUACAAAUAUGAUUGGAAACUUGAAGAAGCACAGAAAAAUUUAUUGCGAACGCAUACGACAGCGGUGAGCGCACGAAUGCUAUACAAACUAGCGAAUCAGGAGGGUGGCUUUGUUCCAGUUAAAUAUUUUUCGAUUGAUCGUGUAUUCCGAAAUGAGACAUUGGAUGCCACACAUUUGGCUGAGUUUCACCAAGUCGAGGGGGUUGUGGCAGAUCGUAACCUGACUUUGGGAGACUUGAUCGGUGUGAUUGCUGAAUUCUUCAAGAAACUUGGAAUCACACAAAUCGAAUUCAAGCCAGCAUACAACCCAUACACUGAACCAAGUAUGGAAAUAUUCUGCUUCCAUCCGGGAUUGAAGAAAUGGAUUGAGGUGGGCAACUCUGGUAUGUUCAGAAAGGAAAUGUUGCGGCCAAUGGGUUUGCCAGACGAUGUGAAUGUGAUUGCAUGGGGAUUGUCAUUGGAACGGCCAACCAUGAUCAAAUACGGCAUAAAUAACAUUCGAGAUCUUAUUGGGCCAAAGAUCGAUUUGAGAAUUAUUCAAAGCAAUCCAAUUUGUCGCUUGGAAAAAUCCUAAACAAGCCUAUUUCUCUAUGAAUACACGUCGAUUGCUAAUAAACAUUCAAUCACAAAAUACA